AUGGACUCCGAUAAAAGGCCAAUUCUUUAUUCCUAUUGGCGAUCAUCUUGUUCAUGGCGUGUAAGAAUAAGUCUUCUUUGGAAAGAUAUUGAUUAUAAAACGAUACCAGUGAACUUGCUGCUUAAUGAACAUGUCGAUUUCACUUUACUCAAGAGAUCAGCGGAAUAUAUAGCAAUUAAUCCAAUGCAAGAGGUUCCUACACUUAUCAUCGAUGGCAAUACACUUACACAGUCUCUUGCCAUUCUUGAGUAUUUAGAGGAAACUCGCACAGAAAAGCCCCUGCUACCCAGUGAUCCGUUGAUAAGAGCAAAGGUAAGAUCCCUUGUGAGUGCGAUUGCUAUAGAUACUCAACCGGCACAGAAUUUGAGGAUUCUUAGGCAACUUGGAGAUGACAAAUCACAGGACUGGGCAAAACAUUGGAUUACUUGGGCGUUCGAAGGUAUUGAAAAGCAACUUUCAAGCACGGCCGGGAAUUAUUGUGUUGGUGAUGAAGUGACUCUGGCUGAUGUGUGUCUUGUGCCUCAAGUAUUUAACGCAAGAAG